AAAACGGCACAAAGGCUGCCGGGGAGUACCGAAAAACAAGAAAUCUCGACCGAAGAUACAACGAUUACUCUGACUCCGUCGGAGGAUCGGAUAAACGCCAUCCGAGACGAUUUUUUGGAUCCAGAGAAUUUACGAAGGCACGGAUGGUGCAACAAGGAAGGAACACCCUGGCCGAAAGAUGAAGCAGAUCUGCUGCAGGGCGGACUGUGGAAACCAAGUGAAGCGCAAACGGCACCAACAAAAGAUUCUGCAUCGCCUCCGAAAGACUAUUUUGAUGAAGUAGAACUGCGAAAAAAGAAAUUAGCGACGAGUAGCGCUGGCGGUAGGUAUGGUGAACAAGCUGGAUCUGAAGGCGAGGCCAAGGGUCGGAGCUACAGUCCAUCGCACUAUGGCCUCAGCGAUAAAAAUCCAACUGUUGAAAACUACGUAACAGACGCAGAGAUCAAUACACGUGGAUAUAUAGAUCGAUACGGACGAAUUUAUUAUGCAAUUCCAAUUCUGCCCGAAAAUAAUGAAUCGAAAAAGGGUGGCAAGCUGCCACAGGGUCAUGUGAUUGUAACCAACAAACGAAGCGAGCGAUCCAUACGCAACUACAAUCCGGAUGUGGAGUCCAGCUCUCCGAAGAAAGCUGAUGCUGCUGCUGCUACUGCUGCUGCUGCUGCUGACAGUGCAACAGAUGGUGUUAUUGGAAGAAUCGAGUGCCGCGUUGGCGAUAACACCGAUCGUGGAAUACUGCACUACCUGGUUCACGAUAGUGGUCGCACAUAUGACAUGAAAUGCCCUGACGGUCGCACUGUUGUGCUCAGCUUUCGCAAUGAAGUAUUAUCACUUAUAUUCUUUUUUCACGUGCGGUGA